AUGCAUGAUGACACCGACGCCGGUCGUUUAAUCCCUGUUAACCCCCCAGCAGCGGCGAUCGAUUACCUUGGCAACGGAUGGAACAAUGAGGAUGACAUUGCUGCCUCGUGGAAGUUCAUGACCAAACAGAAGAAUGACCUGAUCAAUGGCCUUCGAUUGGAGAAUGCGUCCUGGCGCAACUGGGCUAAACAGCGCCAUAACCUCAAAACUAUCAGUCCAAAGUCCUUGAACUGGCUCAAAGACAGUGACACCACAUGGCUCUAUGGUCCUCUCUACAAGGCCGCAAUCGACGAGUUUGACAGGUCCCGAUUUGGCGCACAGACGGUCGCUGUCGUAGGAGGGUCUGUUUCGACGCCCAGCACACCGACUGACGAGAUCCUUGCCCCCAUCCUACCGACCGACCUGGCCUCCGUCAUCUCUACUUCAACACCGACUACUACAUCAUCAGCACCAACAACACCUCCAGCAUCGAUAACAUCUGGAGUUGGAUCACCAAGAUCUAUAUUCUACAGGUCAGGCGCACCAUUGAAACCUGUUCUCAAACACAAAACCGCCUCAGAGCUGUUCAAGGCCGACACGCUCUUCCAUGUCCAAUCUGACUUGAGACUGCACCGCAAGAUCGAACCCUUCAACAAGGCUCGAGAGAGUGCAGUCUUUAAGCAACACCGGCAACCCAAGCUUCGAUUCAACGAUUCUGUCGAACAAUGCGUCUCGAUCGAUACUGAUGUCAUCUCUGAGGAGGACGAGGAGAGUCUUGCCAACGACAGCGACAACAGGAACGAUGUCGAUAUUGGCAGGAGUAACGGCAAUGGGAGCGGGAAGGAUGAUGAGGAUGCACGAGCUGGACUGGUCGGACGCCACGAGGACGAGGAUAGUGGAUUGUUGAUGCGGAUCUCUAUCCGGAAACCCCCACGCAGCAUUGUCCGCAUCGACUCGACAACUCUCAAGGCGGCCAGUCUGCACGGCAUGCAAGACGAUGACCUCGAGGACCCUGAGGAUCCUACUACGACGGAUGAUGAGGAUGAGGAAGGACUGUUUGACGAACCAAUCUAUUUGGGCAACCCUUACACUGGAUCAGGAACAGCCUAUGUUGGGUCGCGUCAGGAUGCUCCUCAUGAGGCCGCCUUGGACGACGUCUCCUAUACCCGGCCGUCGCCUCCUUCUCCGUCUGCUGGAUCGACUGCCUCUGCAGAUUCUUCGGCUUCUUCUGCAGUUUUCUACUCGGCAUCAUCGACGCCUGUCAGCAACAGCAGCGACAUGGAAGGACAGCUACUUCAGCCAGAGCCAGAGCCACAGCAGCAACAGCAAUCAGUAUCAUCAACACAACCAACACCAACUCAACAGCAGCAACAGCCAUCACAACAGCAGCAGACUGGAACUUAUGUCGUGACGCACACUUCCUCGCCUCGCACGAUCUCCACAUCGCUCCUGGAACCACAGCUCCCCGUCACAACGACAACCACAGCGGCACCUGCACCGAGCGCGGCCAGGACAGCAUUGGCAUCAGCACUCGAGGCAGAGAAGGCUCUGGCUGUCAAUGGAGGGAUGCAGCAGCGGGCCACGGAUCUUGUCGCCAACGUCAAAGGACUCGUCAACUGGGCUUCGUCUUUGGUCUUCAACAGCAGCACCUUUUAA